UUUUUCAUAAAUAGCCAGGUCUUUUUUCGUCUCUUUUCUUUCUCACCUUCAAGCACUUUACAACACUGCAAAAUCCCCCCAUAUCCAUUUACUUCGCACCAUGAAGCUCUCAACUGUCAUUAUCCUCUCCAUGGCCAUUGCCAUCCUGCUCAUGUUCACUCCUGGAGCUGCAGGUAGAGUCUUCACAACCGCCCGUGUUUAUGCAUGCUCAUGCUUGUUGCUUUUAUGUUCAUAUUCGAGUUAUUUGAGUAUUGUAACUGCAGACUGCCCAAGCAUAUUAAACACUCAUUUACUAUUACCUGAUCCCUCUAUCUGUAUCUGCCUCAUCCGACGCAUGUUAUCUUAUACUUUACACUUUAUAAAACCCUUAUCGACGCAUUCUAGAUGCGCAAAGCCAGGCUUGUCGCCAAUACUGCGAAAAACGAUAUAUUAAGUGUGUCGCAAGCCAUCCCGAGUCUGGAUGCAAAAAAUCAUAUAGGAAUUGUUUGGAAACCUGUCGUUUACCCUAAAGGUGUUAAAAAUUAUGGACCAUCCUUGCCUCGUCAGAGGGCUCAAUGCUGCAAAAGAAAUCAAAAUGUAAAAACGUACACCAAACUACAAUAAAAGCGGCCUUACAAAAUUGCAGACCAUCAUAAAAUACGGAAGGA